AGUGCGCGUUAUUUGUGUGGAAAAAUCUUAUUUUUCUAUGCUCGACGCUACCACUGCGCAAUGCGUAUUAUAUUACAACCAUAGACAACUAACUAUUGUAUGUCUAGACGUCUAUGAACACAACAAACUGCAGAAUAGGACUCCCUGUUUUUCGUGCAGCACUACGUAGAGGCCGUGCGUAGGUACUUAUAGAACGAACGAUAAAUUUUGCCCUACUAUCCGAAUUAAUUUAAAAUCUCGCCUGCAAUCAUUAAUUGUUCCGGCCCCGACCAUAGACAAGUAUACGACAGAUUGUCGAAUUCUCCGGGCCCGGUGCGCUCCUUGUGAUUACGAACGAUUUAAGUGACUUAACGCGGACAGUUAACCUUUUCUAAUUCUAUAUUCAUCGUUUUUCCCCACCCUGAACGCACGUCCAGAAAACAGCGUUAUCGGCACUUCGGCAUACUAUUUAGCGCGCGUGUGACCGUCGAUGUCUAUACUUAUGCUUAUAUUGUGAUCGCCCGCGCUCUUAUGUUUGUGUGUGUAGGUUUUGCGCGUGCGUCCUCGACCCCCGUACGCGUGUGACGUGUGUGUGUGUGUGUGUGUGUGUGUGUGCGUACGUGCGCUUGUGUGUGUGUCUGUGUGAUUUACACGAGGCGUUUGCUCCGUGUCCGUCAUUUAUUGCCUGCUCGUCUGUGCGACUGUGUGUGUGUGACAACAUCAAGGCUCUUGAGACGCUCAAAAGAGACGAACGGGCCAGUCGACCCUCGACGGGACACCACGAACACGCAUAUAUUCGCGCACGCCGUACGGUUUUGUCUAUAUACCUAAUACUAACGACGACGUGUUAAAUAUUGAAAAUACAGUCGACCGGUACAACCCCAUCAAGUGUACGUUAAAUGGCUUUUUUGAAACUAUCCACAUCCCGUAAGUGUAGUAAACUAUUGUUGCAAGAUUCGCUCAGGAACGACGUAUAUGCUCGGCUCGUGAGGUCCCUGACCACGUCAAACGGACAGAACUCAAAUGAACGUCAACGGCUUCAGCGUAGGAAUAACAGCGUGGCCGCGACGGCUUCAACGGCUGCUACCAGUACAACUAUCGACAAGAAGCCAAAAUGGGAUCCGCUGGACACGUCAUUCGCUAACCCCGAGGCUACUUUCAAAAGCAAGACCACUUGGGAGAUAUUUAGAGCUUACAUAGUUUAUCAGCUUUGUUCGUCUGGUUAUCUCGUCGAGAAUAAUAUGCAGGUAUUGUUUUGAACAUAUUUCUAUUUAGCUAUAGUAUCUAUAAUUACUUUAGGGUUGUUUAGUUAUAUCCUUUAUAAUAUAAUACUUCUGUAGAUAAUAUAACAGAUAAUAUCGUUAUCAUUAAUUGUAUCAUAAGUAUUUUUAUUAUAAAAUCAAUAAUAGAUACUAUGAGGUAUCUUAGGCACUUAAAUUUGUAGAGUACAGAGAUUUUAUAUAUAAAUAUAUAUGUGUUUUUUAAUGAAAUAGGUAGGUAUUUUUUACUUUUUAAACCAAUAGGUAGUGCCAGAAAAAUAUUGGCUGAAAGCUUUAGUUUUUGACUUUUAAGUUAUUUUCCUAUAACACAAACUUUAGCAAUUGGACAUUUUUUGAUUUUCAGAUAUACUCUAAUCUUUAACUGUCUAGUUGAUUUGCUAUGCUUACCAAUCACUCUGCUAAUCAAAAAUAAUUGGCCUUUGUUAUUAUUUUUCAUGAAAAACCAUUUUAGGUACCUCGGUCAAAGGAAAAAAAGUAUAUAAUAUAUAUGUUAUAUACAUAAUUUCAACAAAAUGAUACUGAUUAAGUAGGUAGUAGUUUUAGACAGUAUAUGAAUGAAAGAUAGAUACAUGUAUAAUUUUUAUGUUAGAGUACUAAAUUUUUUGUUUGUAUACAAUUGAGAAUACUUCAAACAUAGCACUUACUCGUAUUUAAAAAAGUGAGUAUAUACUUUACCCCUGCUUCACUAAACCACUAAGCAUAGGUAUAGGAUUACAAUACAUAAUCUUAAAAUUACUACUUAUAACUUCUCAAAUAAAUGGUAAGACUGAUCCCCAUAAUUAAUAUCAACAAAUACAUAAGGUAUUUUAAAAAUGUUAAACAAUAGGUUAGAAUAAGUUUUCUGUCAACUAGAAACAUACCUACUAUAUCUUUAUUUACUGUUAUUAUCUUUGUAAAGACUAAUCAAUAAAAACAUUUUAGCCUGUUUUAUUGAAUUUAUAACUCAAGUCAUAUGUAUAUGAGUUUCUUAUUUUUAUUUUUUGUUCUUUUAUAAGAUGAGAUAAGAUUCAGGCCCACUGCGCAAGCUUGUGUUGGGCUCUGUAAAAUCUUACCUAUAUUAAUCUUAUAAUAAUAAUAAAUUUAUGAAUACAAUUAAUGAUUUAUAUAAUAUAUGGAUUAUGCUGUAUGGUUUAUAUAGGUACUACUUAAUAACAAGAGGUAUAUUUUACCUCUUAUAUCUUAAUACACAUUUUUAGUAGUAUAUUUUUAGCCAUGUUGUAUGCCCACCAUAGUGCAAAUUUAGGUAUUUAUACAUAAUAGGUAAAAAUUCUCAGUUGUGCUACACAGACUUUUAAUAUAACAUUAUUAAAUUAACUUGCAUUUAAUAAAUAUUUUAUUGAAUAAUCAAAAUUAGUUACUUAUUUAAAGUUUAUUAGAUACAAUAAUUUGUACUAUGUUAAUUUGUGUGAUUACUACCCAUUACCUAAUAAUAAUCAUAUUUAGAUGUUGGUAGGUAAUUUAAAAUUUAAUAAAUAAUUAUCAAGGGCGCUUAUAUGGGUAUUCUAAUUUUAACAUUUUAGUGAAACCAAUAUUUUCUAUUUUAAAUAAUAUUUAGGUGUUUAGUUAUAAAAUAGUUACUUAAUUAAUUUUAUUUUUUGCAUGCAAGUUUUUCUACUUCUAAACAUUUAUAAUAUAAUAUAUAUAUAUAUAUAUAUAUGUAUUUAGAUAUGUACAUAUUUUCUUAAAUUUAAUAUAUAUUCCUUGAUUUAAUUUGUGUUAAAGGUUAUCUAAAGAAUAGUACAAAAAAUUAAAACAAUUUAUAGAUCAAUUGGUCAAUUAUCAAACAUAUAUUAAUUAAAUAUUUUUUUUUAUUCUCGUAUAGUAACCAAAUUAAAAAAAUAUUGAUAAUAUUUAGGUAUAUUAUAAAAAAAUUAUAUUAAAUACUUAUAUACUAUUAUCUAUUUCAUUAUGUACAAUAUAGCAACAUUAUUCACAAUAUUGCAUGUUAAACUUGCUACCUAAUAUUCCCAUUUUUAAAUGAUGCAUAAAAAUGCCAAAUUUUAAACUACAUUACCAUAUCUCCUGUAAUUAUAUACCUAAUUGUUUUAUCGGAAUUUUACUAGAUUAUUUAUAGUUUAUCAAUUUAUCAUUUUUCAAUUUAUUAUACCUAAUUAUAACUCAACAUUUGAAUUGAAUUAAAAUAUAAAUAUAAUAAAUAAUACAAUUAUUACAAUUUACCUACCUUUUGCAUUCAAAUUAUUUAUUCUGAUUAUUAUUGUUAUUCAAUUAAUAUUUUAAAUUUUAAACCAAGUUAAAUUAAUUUUUUUAUUAAGAUUAAUUUUCUUAUAAAAUAUUAUCUUUAACUAUAAAAUAGUGAAUGCUAUGAUAGUAAUGUUAUAUAGUUUUAUGAUUUUAUGUAUAUAAUAUACAAUUUAAAUUAUUUUAUUUAUAUUAAUACAAUUACAUGAUUAUUUUUUUUUUUAAUGACAAUAAUAAAAAAAAAUGUGUUGUAAAUUUAUUUUUCGUUGAAAAGAUAGCUCUAUUUAAUAAAUUUGUUCUUAGUAAGAGAGAGGUCCUUCGAGUGAAAUCAGUACAUUAGAAUUACUAUUAAUAUAUAUUGUAUAUUAUAUAUGAAAUAUGAUAAACAGUAUUGAUUCAUACCAAGUAUAGAUAACCAAAAUAUAAGUUAUGUAUUAUACCAUUAAUUUGAUUUUACUAUGUAUGUGUACGUAUUAUAUAGUUUUGAACUUUGUGUUUUAUUGAUUUUUUUUUUAGAUUAUGAAAAUUUGCAAAGCCAUUUUUGGUGAAAAAUUAUUUACCCUUAUAAUGAAAAUGACAUUUUAUGGUCAUUUUGUUGCUGGAGAAGAUCAGUAUCGUAUUGUUCCUACAUUAAAACGCUUGAGAUCUUUUGGUGUUAAGCCAAUAUUGGAUUACUCUGUUGAAGAAGAUAUUAGUCAAGAAGAGGCAGAAAAACGUGAAGUCGAGUGAGUGGCUUAAUAUAACUUACUAUAGCAUUAUUUUUAUAGAGUACUUCAUUUCAAAAGAAAAAAAUUGUUUGCUGAUGUACUUGUUGAUAGUAUAAUAUUAUGUUUAUUCAUAUAAGUACCAUGCUAAUAAAUAUAAUAGUUUAAAGUAUUUGGUUUAAUUUUUCAAACGGGAAUAGAUUUAUCAUAGAUUUUUAUAAAAGGAAAAAAAAACCAUAUGAAACUAGUUUUAUAGAACCACUAUGAUGUUUAAACUGCAUAAGGUAAAAAAUUGUUUUAAUAUUAUUAAGUAUGAUAAAUUGAUUUGUUAUUCAAGGACCAACUAAAAGUAAUGAACUGAUAACUCUUUAAUAAUAGUAAAGUAAAUGUAUCAAUUUAAAAAGCUUAAAACUAUUAUUUGAAUCAUUUUUAUCCUAAUUUGUUUUUGGUAUAUUUUGUUUUUUGGAAAACAUCAAAAUUAUAUUGUAAAAAGUCAUUUUUGUAACAUUUCAAUAAUUGUUUAAACAGGGUAAAAAUUAAGAUAUUUUAUAUAAAGAUAACUUAUAUUAAUCUUACUUUUAGAUAUUUUGUAAGCCUUAUAAUUAUAAAUAAUAAACUAGUUAGGUAACAUAUUGAAGUAGGUGACCUUUCUUUUUAGCAUAUAAAUUUGUAUGUACUUUCAGAAAGGGUAGGUUCAUAUAAUUCAUACCUAUAAUUAAAGAAAAAAAUUAACGUUAUGCAUAGGUAUUUAUUUUGUUGUGUGUUAUGUAUAACCGUGUUGUUACUAAUGUAUUUAUAGAGUGUGACUUUAUAUUAUUGUGAGACAUGGAUACUAAACAAAGAACAGAUAUAUUAGAGAUACUGGAGGCUCUAGAAAUGUAGUGUUAAAAGAUAUUAAGAUAGGACACACACUGAGAUGUGGUAAAAAAUUCCACAGCUUUAUUAAUUGGAAGAAUGAAAAAGCGAUUGCAAUCAAGAGGAAGACCAAGAAUGAGGUUUAUUAGUCAAUUAACAAUAGAUGCAAGGAUCACAUCUUAUGAAGAGUUUAAGGCUAUGACAAAUAAUAGGAAAAUGUAGAGAAAUAAAUCUAUUGUAUAUACGUUUGUUGUAAACCAAUCUUUGAAUUUAAAAUUUAUAACCAUAUAAGAUUUAGCAUCAUCUGUAGGAUUAUUGUUUAAAAUUUUAAAACUAAUAAUUCAAAACUCAAAUAAGGGGAUUAAUAAUUAUGUAUAUUUUAAUAGACUUAGAUUUAAAACUGACAGGUAGUGAUAACUGCUUAUGUUCAGGCAUUGUGUUUGUGUGCUCUUGGUGGGAGAAGGAAAGGAGUGAGUGAGGUGAUCAUGGACAGGUAGGAAGAUUGUGAGAAGACGAGGCAAGCUGAGGAUUUGGCUGCUAGGCAACAGUGAUGGUUGAGCUGGACUAGGUUGAUUGGCCUCAGCACAGUGACCGAGAAAUCCUGUAAGAAUUUAAUAUCAGGCCAGGGGAAGUAAUGCUGACAUGUUCCCACCCAUCUUUAUUGUUUACACUGUGUAUUAUUAUUAAUUUCAAAUACCUUUGAAAGUGGGUGAAUGAAAACGUGAUUAGUCAUUGUAUUUUAUGAUUUUAUAUUACAUAAAAUGUUUUAAUAAUAAUUACUACACUUCCUGCCAAACUAAUAAAGAUUGUCUGCUUUAGUCUCAUCAAAGCAUAAUUCACAAUUUGCAUUAAUUAAUUAGACUAUUAAUAAAAAAAAAAUAAAAUUAUUAAAAGCAAUAGGUACUAUCAAAUUUUUAGUUAAUCUUUGCUUUUCCACUUAUCUUCAUUAAUAGAAACCUAUUAGUCAACUAAAUCAUAUCUAUAAAUAACAAAUUGUUGAUUUCACAUUUUAUGAUCAUUUAUGUAAUUUUUUUCAUUUCAGUUUAUGAAACUAAAACAAAUAUAUUAGUGUUCUGAUCGUAAUUAACAAUUUUAGUUACCCCCUUUACUUUAAUUGAGCAUGUAAAUCCUAUAUGAUACUCGAAAACUACCAAUAAAUCGUUUACAUUACUACAACUCACACAAUGUUUUUCAUCAUUACCUACUCAUAAAACUGAAUCAUAUAUCUUUAUAUAUCAUUCACAAUUAUCUAUCUCUUGUACUUUCCUGAAUAUUUUUUUUUCUAAAUUUGUGUUCCUUGAUACCUCCGGAUAACUAAACUUGAUUCCAUGACCUAAAAGCAUGAGCCUCAAGAGCUGGGGAAAAGUUGAACUAAAGGAUUUUAAUUGUAGGAAGAAUAGAAUAGGAACAUGAUGUAGCAAGCUGGAAAGGGAGAAGAGGAUUAAAUGGAUUUUAAGUACUAGAUAGAAAAUGAAAGCGGAAGAAUUUAAUGCCGGGAGACAUAAUUCAAAGUCAAAACAAAUGACAAAAUUUACGAAUACCUAAUGAUUCGGUGGUUAGAAGAGCUUCAUAUAUAGCAAGGCAUUCAGUUGUAAAAGACAAUGUAGGUAGAGGAACAUUAUUGGAAAAUUUAAUAUGAAGAUUGGGGAUAUAAAAAGAAUAACCAGUAGACUUUUUCGAAAAACAGAUCCAUUGGUAAAUAGUAAAUACAAGGCAAAAAUUAAGAUAAAGAGAAGUACUGAAUGAACUCAUUAAAUAAAUUUAGCAUAUAAUAUUAUCAAGAUUUGAUAUACACUUUUUUUUUUAUGCACAUUAGACAUUUGUAAAUAAAUAAAUUGGAUAAAUUGUUUUAAAUCUUUUAAAUAGUACAUUAUUAUAUUUGAACAAAUGAAAGCUAAAAUUAUACAAGUGUAAAGAAAUGCAACCAUUCUUUGCCUAAAAUUUAUUUUAAAUUUAUUAUACGUUAAUAUCAAUGAAAUAACAUGAAAUGUAAUAUUACUUAUUUUUAGAUCAAGCAUGUCAGAAGUAGAAAAAAGAGAUCAAAAAGCUGCCCAAAAAGAAGGUAAACUAUAUACAUUUAUUAGAAUAACAAAUAUAAUUCAAAGUUUUUUGAUAAAUGUUUAUUUAACUGCUAGAUUUAUGUUUAGUUUAAAUGCACUAUUUUUUUAUUUUUGGUAUAUCUUUUUAUAUUAUAUUUAUGUUUAUUUCAUUUUACUAGCUCAAUCUUUAUGUUUUAUAAUAUCUUGCAAAAUUUCAUAAUAUUCUUUGAUUUAAAUUAUAAUUUAGUUUACUAGUUUAUUAGAUGAUAAUUUAUGCACAAUAAAUUUAGAAAAUUUGGAAACCUUAUAUUUUUAAUAGGCAUAACAUAUUUAUGUAUUAAAUAUUAAAAAAUUAAAAACUAAUUGUAUAAUAUUUAUCACUGGUAUAAACUAUAAGUUAUCGUUAUUGUUAUCUUUGUUUAGAUAACAUAUAAUUCCUGUCAAAUAUUUAAACUAUCUUUUUUAAACUUUCUAGAAACCAAACAAGUUUUAUGAGUAUCUGAAUAAUAUUUUAAAUGAGUAUGCAUUUCUAAUGUAUGUUUAACAUUGUUUGAUGUAUGAUGAGAUUUAGGUAUUAAUAAUUGGUAUAACUAAAGUAUAAGUACAUUAUUAUACAAUUUUUACGAUAUACUCAAUACCCAAAAAUUACUAUUCAUUAUAAUAUUUUAAUAUUCCAAUUCCUAUAUUUUAUUGCAAAUCCAUUUACUUUGUUUUAACAAAAAUUGGUCUGAAAUAUAAUAGUAUUAAAAUAUGACUUAAAAUUGAUAAUUUAAUUUAAAAUAACAUCUAUGAAACAUUAUUAUUAUUAUUAAUGAAAAUAAAAUGAAACUCAUAAAUAUAUAUAUAUAUACAGUUAUAUAUAAAGUAACAGAAAAUAUUUUAUUACUUAUUAUAAUGAUAUAUUUAUUAUUUUUAUAAUGGAAUUAAAAUUUCUCCAGUAAAUAUAGUAAAUUACAUUUGUAUUAUAUUUUACACAAAUCACUGUUAUAAAGAUAAAGUAAACAAAAAUAAAAAUGCCUUUGGUUGUAAUCAAUUUUAGGUUUUUAAUGAUCUUGAUAUUUACCAUAUUAUUUUACCAUCUAUUUUGCUGGUUAUAUAUUAAUUUUUGAAACCCUUAUAACUUUUUGUGUUUGAUUUAACUAACGCAUGCAUACUUGGGAUUGGGUGGUUCCUAUUGGAUAGCUUCUGUUACAGCGGAAACAGUUGGAGGUUCUUUACCACAGUACCAUGUGGAUAAACAGUUUGCAGACAGACGGUACAAGGUACAAAGUGCUCGAACCUACUUCUACCUCAAUGAAGCUACUUGUGAACGUAAUAUGGAAGUAUUCCAAAAUUGUCUACAUGCAGUAGCUGGUAAGAUUUAUAGAAAAAAAAAAAUAUUUAUAAAGUAGACAGUUUUCAUUUCAUCAAAUAAACUUUAAUUUAUUUGAUACAAAUUCAAUGAAUAAAAAAUUAUCAAGUUUAUAAAUAUAUAUAGUUUAUGAAUAUAAUAUAAGUACAUGCCUAAACUAUUUGGUACCAUUAUUUAUAUUUGAAAAAUUGAUUGUGUUUUAUUUUAGAGUGAUAAAAUUAUGUGAAGUAAUAUUAACAAUAAGUAAAUUAUACUUAGAAUUGGUUGGCCAAUUUAUAUAUUUCAAAUAGAGAGAAGUUUAUUUAGCAAUGUUUCCUAUUGCACCAAUUAAUUUAAAAAGAUAAAAAAAACUAAUUUAAGUAAUUUUAAAACAACUAUUGAAUUGUAUCUUAAAUUUGAAUAUAAUUAAAUAUAUAGUUAUAGUUUUAAAUUUAUGUAUUAUCAAAUAAUAAUACAACACUGUACAUAUAAAUUAAAUUAAAUACAUUUAAUACAAAGUUUCUUCACUAUAAUAUCAAUUAAAAUAUGAUAGUAUUGUUUUAUUAUCACACUGAACCAUUAUUUGUGUAUAAGUUUGAAAAUAAAUGUCUACAUUAAUUGUAAUUUAAAUUUUUUUGGAUAUAAACCAAAAUUUAAAGUUUGUAAUUACAUAAAUAUCUAUAGUAAAACAAAUAAACUAUCUACAUUACUAAUACUAUUUUACACAUUUAAAAUGAGAUCUCUUCUUAUCUUCAAUUAUUUAUUUCAUUGAUUUUUUGUAAUUCACUAUGCUUUCAUUUUGUUACUAAAUUCUCUUAAUUCAUUGUAACUAUCUUUAUUCAAGUGUAUAUUAUAAAUACAGGUGUCCCAUAAAGAUAUACAUAUUGUAAUAUUUUCAGAGAUAAUCAAAUUCUAUUUUUAUUUUUUUAUUAUUAUUAUUAUUACUCGGGGAUAAGGACUACAAAUAUUUAUAUUGUAAUUCAUUUUUUAUGCUUUGAUAAAAAAAACUUUUUAUUUUAUUAUUUUUGGAAAAUUUGAAGAUAGCAAUUUUAUAAUGUUUAUUUUUCUGAAAUUUUUAAUGUAUUAAAAUGUUAUUUUUUAAAGUUCAGAGAAAGUACCUAUGAUUAUGCAGCGGGCAAAAAUCAUAUUCUUUAUUUGAUUAUUAUUAUUAUUACGAUUAAUUGACUGUACCAAUACUUAUUUUCUCUGAACUUUAAAAAAUUAUUAAAAAUCAUGAAUUUAAUGAAAAUAAAUGUUAAUGCAUCAACAUUUUCAGAAAAACUAUAAAAUUACUAUCUUCAAAUUUUUCAAAAAUAAUAAAAUAAAGAUUUUUAUUUUUUACCAAUCCAUAAAAAAUUAAUUGCAUUUUUAAUAUUUAUAGUCCUUUUCUCAGUGAAUAAGAUAAUAUCCUGUUCUAGGAUAAUGGGGACCGACCGGUGCAGCCACUGUUAUAGGUCAGAAGUUGGGAAGGUAGUAGAGGGGUAAUUGAAUGUAUAUCUAUACACAACAAUUAACCAUUGCUAACGAAAAACAAUUCUGAGCUAAGUUUGGAUCAUAGUGUUGCUUUGUCAACAAUAUAUAAUGUCAUAUUAUGGUAAAAUAAUAACAUAUACAAUUACAUAUUAAACAUUUGCUUUAAUAAUAUUUGUUUAAUAUUGUACCUAUUUUUCAGGUUUUUCCAUGUUUUCCCCUGUUUUUCUCAUUUAUUGGGAGAAUCAAAAAAUAACUCCAUAAGUACCUCGCCAGUUAAUUUUCCUUUUAGAAAAAGUAGUAUCAUUGAAAAUAAGAGCAAAAUUGCUGGUAGAAAAGUUGUUUAAAAAAAUAAAAUAAUAACUAUUGUAAAACCAAUACAUUCGUACCACACCGUUAUAUUUAUUAUCUCCAGAGGUGUUACAAUGGGUAUAUCUUCGUGGGUAUCACCUUAUAGGUGUUAUUCAAUUGUUUCAUAUUUUUCGUUCUUGAUCUUCUUUCGAUGUAACUUUCAAAUGCAUUUUUUUCAAGCUAUAUUAAUAUAGUAGAAGCCCUAUAAUUUUGUAUCUUUUGUCUUUAAUACUAGGUAUGCCAAAGUUAUUGAUUUUUCUUUAUUCUAUUAAAUACCUCUUUGUUAUUCUUUUGAUCCAUUUUAUCUUAUAUACACCACAUUUUAAAGGCCUCUAGUUAUUUUUCUCUUCUAUAGUAAUAAUCCAAGAUUUGCAGCUAGAUUUCACAUACAUACCUUCAGGAAUAGUAAAAUGGUUUUAAUAGAAGUAUUGUGGUACUUAUGAUUAUGUUUGAUAAAAAUGUAAAAAUGUAUUACUUCAUUCAUGUACCUUUAAAAGAAUAGCUAUAAAUGGACAACCCAGUUUCACUAAAUAAUUAUUAGACUUCAUUGCAAAUAUUAUUUACAAACAGCCAACUUACUGCAAUCUUGUUGUAAUUGAUGAAUUGAGUAUUUGCUAGCAUAUAGAAAUGGAGAGUUAACUCAACAUGAUGUUGUAAAUAAUAUGAUGAAAUACAAGAUGUAAAAAUGCAUUAGUAUUUAUGGUUGCGGGUAUAAAUAGCUAUUGGAAAUUUACUAUAGGUUAUGUUUUAAUAGGUAGGUUAAUUGGUAAAGAUAGAUUAAAUUAAACUUAUUACAUUGUUAUUGAUGAUUGUAAAAUAUUAUUUAUUUAUUCAAAAAUUCAUGUCUCUUGGCAAAUUAAACGAAGUUACACACUAUAUAUAGUAAAGACAAAUUAACAAUGGUGAAUGAGAAGGAGAAAGGAGUGUAGUAUAAGGAUUCUUAUGAUUUUUUUUAUGAUAAUUUUGACCCCAUCUUUAACAUUAGGAGUGGUUUCUGGUUGUGUAUUUUUUUUAAUUGGUGGAUUUGAGAAAGUAAAUUUUAGUGUUUUUUUUAAUAAUUGGGGAAAUUGUAUGCAAUAACAGUUUGUUAUUGUAAAAUUUGGUUCUUUUGGUGUAGUUCAGUUAAAAAUGAUUAUUUCCUCAACUGUACACACAGCUGUUUCACUGACCUGCCCAAACCCGGCACUUUUCAGGUCCAGCGAAUAUAGAAUUAGAAGUCACCUGAUUAGCUCAGGAUAGCUCAGUGGUAGAGCAAUCGUCCAAUAAUUGAAAGACUGGUUUGAUUCCUGAUCUGACCAUCUAAUUUUUAGCACUAUUUUCUGGACGAGAACAGUCAUGUUAAUAUGGAAAGUCAAUAAAAGAUACUUGUUUAAUACAAAUUACAUUUAAUCUUUUUACAUUUCAAUUAAAUAUAAUUACUUAAUUUUUUUUAUCUUAGUUUACACACACAUAUUUUAUCCGAGAUAAGAAAUUGAUGGCAAUACUAUGUAAUCAAAAUGUUUGUUUUGUUACCAAAGUUAGGCUAAUUGUCAUUAGUAGUUUUCAAUCUUUCUUUUUGGAUAAAGGAGUAAUUUAAAAAAUAUUUAAUGUGUUUUUCUCAUUUUACCAAUCUAAAUUAUAGCUAUUAAAUAUGAGUUUUAAAUUGUCUGAGACAUUGCAUUAUUUAUUUUAAUACAAUAUAUACAUUUUAUUAUUUUAUUUUAAACUUUAUAGCAAUAUAUAUUAUUUAUUUUACAUUAUGUUUCUCAUACACAAAAGGGUUAUUUGAUUUUAGUUAGCUAAUAUACUUUAUUAUACCUACACAAUAUUAAUACAUCUGCAUUAUCUUGCCUACUGUGUAUAAAAUGUAAUGUCUGUUAAUUGAUGAUAAAUAAAUAAUCCCUGUAUUUAUAAUUAUUAUAACUGGUUUUUUUUUUUAACAAAUUAUGUUAUUUUAAAUUUAAUUUAUUGCUUAGGUGCUACAUAUGGAACAGGAAUUACAGCUAUUAAAUUAACUGCUCUUGGACGUCCACAACUUUUGGUAAAUUAUACAUAGCUUAUAAAUAAUAUAAAUAAUAAUAAAAAAAAAUUAGUAUGUAUAUUAAUUAUCAGUUAAUAAUAUAUUUAGUAGUUUAAUUUAAUAUUUUAAAUUUUGAGAAAAUCAAUGGAGCUACACGUCUUUUGAAAAUAUAUUCAAAAUGUUUCAUCUUAUAAUUUAAAAAAUACAUAUAUUUCAUAGAAAAUAUAGCUAAGAAUUGUCUUAUAUUACUUAUCAAUGUAAUUAGUAAAUUUAUUUGGAAUAUAAUCUCGAAUAUGUUAUAUUAGCAUCUGAACAAAAUAAAUUUUAACUAGUGUAAUGAUAAAUAACAAAUAACUUUGGAUUUGUUAAAUUCUAUUGAAAUUCCAGUUAAAUUAAAAAAAAAAAAAAAAAAUACCAAAUAGCAAGUAAUAUAUGUAAUUAUGUGUGAAAAUGUUUAUUUAAAGUAUUAAUUUAUUUCAUUAUUUGCAGUUGCAAUUAUCUGAAGUAAUUAUGAGAGCUCGUACAUUAGCUAGUGAAAUGAUGGGUGGAAAAGGUAAUGUAAUUGGUCAACAUCUCACUCUCGAAGAAUUAGAAAAACGAUUGUUUGAAGCUGGCAUCAAAGACACAAAAAAAUUUUUGGAAAAAGUCACCAAAGACAGUCAAGGGUAAAAUGAAUUAAUUAGGUAAUUAAUAAAAUAUAAACUUAACUUAAAUUAUACUGUUAUUUGAUACAGUGUUAUUCAUUUAUUCCCAUGGAGUGGUUUAUUGGAUGAAAAUUCAGAACUUAGUGAUACGUUCCGUGUGCCUUGUUUAAAAGAAGGUCGCAUGGUUAGAUUAUUAUCUCAAUUGUCUAAGAAAGAAGAGGAAAUGUUCCGUAAUAUGGUUCAUCGACUCAACACAUUAGUUCAAGUAAAAAUUAUAAUUUUGACUAAUCUAUUAAGUACCAAUAAUAAAAUAUUAGAAGGUUAACUUUAUUAUAUUUAUUUAUUUUGACAUUUUAUAGACUGCUAAAGAUUUAGAUGUACGUAUAAUGAUUGAUGCAGAACAAACUUAUUUCCAACCUGCUAUAUCUAGAUUGACUCUUGAACUAAUGCAAAAAUACAACACUGAAAAAGCUAUUGUGUUUAAUACAUACCAAUGUUACCUAAAAGAAACACUUAACGAAGUCAAGACUGAUUUAAAUCAAGCUAAACGCCAAAAAUUUUACUUUGGAGCCAAACUUGUUCGGGGUGCCUACAUCGACCAGGUAAUUUAACUGUUAAAUAAUAUUUAGUAAUAUUAAAUAAUUAUUUUGUAAUAAAAAAUAAUAUAUGGUUAAUUCUGCAAACAAGUAUUCUAAAUUAGAAUUUGUUUGGAACAAUUUAUUAUCAAUAUUUAAAUGAUUGUGUCUCGUUGUAUUCAGUAGUAAUUGAAAUAAAUAUCUUAUAGGAGAGAGCAAGAGCUGCAGCAUUGGGCUAUCCUGAUCCAACCAAUCCAUCAUAUGAAGCCACCACUAAAAUAUAUCAUGACACGUUGACAGAGUGUUUAACUCGCAUCAAGGAACUGAAGGACAAGGGUGAUGUUUGUAGUAAGAUUGGUAUUAUGGUUGCCUCACAUAAUGAAGAUACUGUACGCUUCGCUUUAUCUCAGUGAGUAAAAUUAACAUAAAUUAAUUAAAUGUAUAUGUGUUAUUAUAACAUAAUAUCUAUCACUAAGUGAACAACCUUUCAAUACCUUUAAUGUAAUACGGUAGGUGAAAAUCAAAACGGGGUUAGAAAUGGAUAGGCUACGUUUGUUAAUUUGAUAAAUUUUGCAGAGACACAUAGAAUAGUGUCUAAAAAAGCAUUUCCAACGCCAUCCAAUACAAGUGAAUAGCGAUUACUGGAAUUAAAUGCAGAAAUGGAAAUUACACAAAACAAUAAAACAAAACAACAGUAUUCAUCAUUUAUGAAAACCACCACCAACAUAAUAAUUUAAAACUUGUUUCAUAACAAAUUUUCGUUUUUGUUUUCCUCGCUUAUCAGAAUGAAAGAAAUUGGAAUCUCUCCUGAAGACAAAGUAAUCUGCUUCGGACAGCUGCUUGGCAUGUGUGAUUUCAUCACGUUCCCCUUGGGUAUGCUUCAUAAAUCAAAUAAUGUAUUUGAUUUCAUAAAAUGUAAUAAUGUUUUACCAUUAAAAUUAAUAAAUAGGCCAAGCAGGGUACUCUGCGUACAAGUACAUACCAUAUGGUCCAGUCAAUGAGGUGCUACCAUAUCUAUCUCGCCGUGCUAUGGAGAACAAAGGUGUGCUAAAGAAGCUGGCUAAAGAAAAGACUUUACUGAGAAAAGAACUUUUUAGACGCAUAAUACGGGGACAGUUCUUCUACAAACCCAGCGGCGAUUAUACACCUGUUUAAGAACUAUGUUUAAAGCCUAAAUAUUAUAUAGUAAGCGCAAGUCUCUCUAAUGGUAUGCCGAUUAGUAUUUAUUUACUAUCAUUCUUCCAACAUAAACUUAAUUUAACACGAGUAUUAAUUACAGUAUUUUAUUUAAAAGUAAAUCUAAAUAGACAGUACUUACCUAUAUUACAAUUCAGUAUUACAAGCAAUAAUAGUUUGAUUUUUGUUUCAGAAUUUUAUGUUACCUAAACGUAAACUUGUACUUAAAAGUAAUGAAAACGUAUGUUUAUAUAUAAUCUUUAUAAUACUUUCUUUACACGUCCGUUGAAACUUUAAUUAAACAACUAAUCUUUUCAUGUUCUUUAUUAAUCGGAUGACAUUAAACUGCGCUUUUAAAUUUAUGCCGGCCUUUAUUUGUAGAAGACAAAACAGUUAAUUAUUAUAAAUUAUUACUGUUUAUAAAUAAAUUGUAAACGUAUAAAUAUAUACAUAACAAAUUAGUGGUUUUCACUUUUUUUGUAUAAAUAUAAAAUGUUAUUUUGUGUUGUUUUGUAUGAAACAUUAUUAUUAUUAUUAGUUAUUUAUGCUAAUAAUAAUAUUAAGCUACUGACAUAUGAAGUUCUAAGGAGUUGUGCCUACAUAAGUGAUAAUAUUUAUUUUGUUAAUUGUUAAUAUUAUUUAUUUAUAGAAGAAUGCAUUGUCAUUUUCAGCUCUAGUAAUAAAAUACAAUAGUAUUUAAAUUUUGUCUGAAUUUGACAAUAUGAAUUACUGGUUUUACAUUUAAUAUAUAGUGUCUUACGAUAAUUUACCACUUGAAAUAAUUUUGUUCUAUUCAAUAUUUUUAGUAAAUAUAUAUAUAUUUUUUUAAUAAUUUGUAUGCUUCUGUGCUUUAACUAAUAUAUAAUUUUUUUAGAUGAGGUAACUUAAAAUAGAACAUUUAAAAUUUUACUAUUAUUAUUAUAAAAAAAAUAUAUAUAUAUUUAAAUAGCUAUUUUGUAAAUUUUUAGAAAAUGUUUAGUGAUUAAAACUUUUGUUUAUGUAUGGUCUUAUUUUUUAUAAUUUAUUGAAGUUUUUGCAAGUAUGAAAAUUGUUGUGGUUUAUAAUAUUUAAUCAGUAGUCGGAGCACAUCAUAUGACAAAGAUUUUCUUUUCUAUCAGUUAAUAUCGCACAGUAAUAUUACUGACUACUAAUUAAAUAUAUUAAUAGAUUAUAAACCAACAUAAUAUUAGAAAAUAUGUAGAAAAUUCAAAAAAUUGUAAAAAAAAAAAUCCACUUUACAAAAUUAUUUAUUUUAAAUUAUUUUAAGUUCCCUACCUAAAUUUUUUUUUCAAUAUAUUAAAUAUAUUAUACCUUUGUGCACAGGCAUAUUGAUUAUUUAUAAAAAUAUAUAUAUAAGUAUUAAAACUAUUGAAUAGAACAAAACUUAUUUCUUGUGGCAGAUCAGAUCAUCAUGGGCCACUCUAUAUAUAGAUUAUAACAGGACUAUUUAACAAAUUUAAUAAUUUUUAAUUAUAUUCUUAUCGUAUUUAUGUAAGCUGUGUGUCUCAUAAAUGUUUAUCAUUUGCUAAACAUAAUUUAUCGUUUGUUAUAUUAGUAAGACAUAAGAGGAAAACCAAUAAAGAGGCGAUUGGAUAUGAUUAAUGAUUUAUUAUUGAUGAUGGGUGUAUACAAGAAUAAUGUAGACAUGUAGACACAUAACCUGGUCUAGUGGAAAUUUAGGACAAGAGUAACCGAACCAAAUAGUUUGGAUGAAGGAGAAAAUGUUUCCAAACUUUAAAAACAAAUUUAUAAAAUAACUAUCUUAGACUAUAAUAAAUACAAAUUAUAGCGCAAAACUACUAAUAAGUACAAAAAAAACUUGAACAUAUUCAAUAGAAAAAAGUUAUCACAUUUGUUAAAUAAUCCUGUUACAUUACAUUCUGUAUAUACUUACCUAUAAAACACUUGAUUAUCCAUAUUUUAUUUGUAUCUAUAAGUAACAAUAAAUCAUUA